AUGCAUAGAAAGGAAGAAAUUGAAGGGAGGUCGCUACCUCAGAAAGUGGGUUUCUUCUCAUCCUCUCGCGUUCUGACAGUUUCAAUGGAGCUCCCUUCUGCAUGUGUCGCUGAACUACUAUUUCCUGAUUUCUGGCUGCACCAAGAUGAUUUGUCUCUAUCAUGCUUUCUAAGGGUUUUUGGUGUUUUUUUGGGUAUAUGUUUUGGGAGUUUAGGAGGGGUGUUUUUGCAGCGGCAGAAAUGGACUAAACUAAUUAGAGAAUUUUGGGAGAAGAAUUCAACUUGCAUCAGUCUCGAGAGGGAUUCGUCUAUAGCUGAAAUGGAGACCGAAGUUCUAUCUCUUAUCAGGUUGAUGUCCGGGAAGCGCGACCAGCCAUUGUUAAGCCCAUGGCAACCAGAGAUUGGGCAAGGUCCGUUAUAUUACUAUCUCAUAGAUCAUUCAGGCCAACACGUCCCCAUUGCAUGCAGACCUGUUGGCCAAAUACUUUCCAAGAAUGAGGCCCUCGUUGCCGAAGGAACCUUUUCUCCUGAGAACUUAUUUGAUGUUGCUGAUACGUACAUGCUGAGCUGUUUUAUUUGUAUACAGUCCAAACACCCCGAUGACACACCUGUGAAAACAGAAAAAGAGCGUAAUAUUAAGGAGCUUGUGACAAGCAUCUUUAUGUCAAUAACGAAACCCGAAAAGGAUAACCUUUCUGAGACGGAACACACCACACGUAAUGUUAUGCCUUUGUUGGACGCUACUGUAGGCCUCGAUACGGAGUGCCGCAUCCAUUAUUAUGGAGAACGUACCCUGGAAGUGACAGCUGAUCGACGAAACGAAGGCAGUGAUCCCUUUGAACGAGCUAGAGACGGUUAUAAAGUGGACGGCAUAAUCGAACAUCAAGAGCUGGGCUGGUUGCCAACUAUCGGAUGUGGAGAAAUCUCCGGCGGUCUGCCUCGGUGUACACGUGACGAAGAGUGGAAAGACACUCUUAAACUAGGCCUCGAGUUGCGUGACAUAUGGCGCAAGGCGCAGAAAGAUUUGGUGAUCAGUGCCGCACAUAAUCUAAUCGUUUGGGGGUUCACAGUAGUCGGCAGAAAACUUUGCAUUUACGCGCUGGGUGUUGCUGGCGGACUCUUCCACCUGGUGCUCGUGAAAGAGGUGGCCCUACCGUCUUCACGCAGUGACCUGGUCAACCUGUAA